CACUCCUUUCCUUUACCAGUUUUUGGGAAACAGCUGCGGCUUCUGAACCCAGCAGCAACCAUUUCCACUUUUCUUAUUUUAUUUUAUUUUUUCUCCUCAAUUAUAUUUAUAUAUACUCUCCUUCUCAUUUCUCCCUCCUUCCCUUCCAAACACAACCUUACUUUUAUUUCCCCUCUUACAAAUUUCCCCAAACAAUUAAAUUAAACUACAUAAAAAAUCAAUCAAUAUCAAUAAAAAAAAAAGGUAGAAAAAAUAAUCAAAAAUGCGGAUGAGUUGCAAUGGAUGUAGAGUUCUACGAAAAGGAUGUAGCGAAGAUUGCAGUAUACGUCCCUGUCUUCAAUGGAUUAAAUUGCCGGAAUCUCAAGCCAAUGCCACCGUUUUUCUGGCUAAGUUUUACGGCCGUGCUGGGCUUAUGAAUCUUAUCAACGCUGGCCCUGAUCAUCUUCGUCCUGCAAUAUUUAGGUCAUUGUUGUACGAGGCAUGUGGAAGAAUGGUAAACCCAAUAUAUGGUUCAGUUGGUUUACUAUGGUCAGGUCAAUGGCAGCUUUGUCAAAACGCCGUUGAAGCCGUUUUAAAAGGCGCGCCGAUCACGCCCAUUCCAACUGAAGCCGCUGCCAAUUCACCUCCAAUUCAAGCAGCGUAUGAUAUUCGCCACGUGUCAAAAGAUGAACACGCCAAUUCCAACAGCUCGGCUGGCUCGCAUAAAGUUAAGCCGACUAGGACUCGGUUCAAGCGCACCGGCUCCAAGCGGAAGCCGACUCAAUCCUCGGCUGCUUCGCUCUCUGCUCUACAGAUGAUGGCUGCCGCUGCAGCCAAUGCUGAUACUGAGUCAACUCGGCCUGACUCGGCUGAGUUGAAUGGGUCGAGUAUGAGUCAUGACUCGACCGUGAGCCAUCCUGACGAGCCUACGAGCACCAUGGAUAUGACCGAAGUAACGGCCGAUGUUUGUGAUGUUGCGGACCAAGACAACGUCAGAAAUGGUGGUUGUGGUGGUGGUGAUGGUGAGGUGGAGCUUGACCUCACACUCGGUUUCAGGUUUGACUCGCCGAUCGAGUCAAAAAGUAGAAUGGUUUCCCGUGGGAAUACCGAUCAAAGCGUAGUAUGUGGAAUGAAAUUAGGACUUGUUUAAUAGAUUAGGUUUUUUUUUUUUUAAUAUUUUGUUUUUGUGACAAUUUUGAUCUUUGGAUGUAUAAAAAAGAGGUAGACUACAUAUAAAAAUAUGAUAAAGGGCACAUGUGUUAAUUAUAUACUUUUUGAAGUGAUAAAUUUGGGAUAAAUUUCUUUUGCAUCC